ACACUUCUCAAAAACUCUUUUUUUCUUCUUAUCACUUUUCUCUUGUAUCCAAAAUAUAAUUCUUAUACAAACUCGUCUGUUUUAAAAGUUAGUAUUAGUAUAUACCAAUAGAGGUUUUUAUACAAAUGACCAAAUUGUGGCUUUUAACUAAAGCAUUCUACUGUACAAGAUUUCUUCUUGCAACAUGGACGACUCUUCCAUUGUGAAAUAGUCGAAGUCUUAGUGUGGUGUUCAUUUCAAUCGAGACUUUUCUUUUUUUUAAACCACAACUUGCUGAUUGGAGUUGUAGGUGCCUCACACUGCGAUAUUAUAGUGGAGCCUUGAUGAGGAAAUCUUGCGAAAUCAUAGCAUACUACUUUGUAACAUCAAAAUGAGAUUUAAAAUAAACGAUAAGACAAUAAUAUUCUCUACGUUGUAAGCAGAAAGUUUUUAACCUUGAGUCACUUCACAUGUAUUUUGUAUAAAAAUCUCUAAUACAAACUGAGUUCCAAUUAUUAAAUUAUAACAAAGAAAAGUUGAAAAAUUUUAUACUCUUACUACGGUCAUACUUUUACCAUCCAGUAUUAAACACAUCAUCAGUUUACAUACCAUGUUAUACGAUGAAUGAAGAUGGCAUGAUAUACAUAUAUAAUAUAUAUAAUAUAUAUUUUCAGCAAAAGGGUUUGUUAAAUAUUCAACAAAAAGAAGCCUACAAACACUCCAUGUUAAGUUCAGAAUGAGAAUUAUGACAAAAAUGGAAUCCCCCCCUUAAAUUUAGCUGGCUGAUAACAAUAUUUCUUAGUAUCAUCAUUAUUAUAUCAGUAUCUUCUUUUUCUUUUUUUCUUUUUUUUUUCCCCUUUUUAUAACCUAAACUUUCCUCUCACUUAACAGUCAUGAUUCCAGUUUCUCUCUAGGGGUUUUUUAAAGUUUAAGAUAGAGAAAAAUUCAACCUUUCAAGCUUAGGAAUUUUGAGGAAAUGGAAGAGUUUUACAGGCUUAACAACCCUGUUAUAACCUCAUAUUCUAAUGGUGUUGUUGGAAGUGAAGCCAUUGCAAGUACAAGCUGUGGAGAGAUUCAUGAAGCUUUAAUGGUGGAUGAUGAUAUGCUUCAGCUUGAGGCUGAGGUUACAACUGGUUUGAACAUGUCUGACAUGAUCAAAACUCAAAUUGUCAACCAUCCCCUUUAUCCCAAACUUGUUUCUGCUUACAUUGAAUGCCAAAAAGUUGGAGCUCCACCACAAGUGGCUUCUCUUCUUGAAGAAAUUGGUCGUGAAAAUCACCCUUCUAGAUCCUCUAUUGAGUUGGGAGCUGAUCCUCAACUAGACAACUUCAUGGAAUCAUAUUGUGAGGUUCUUCAUCAAUAUAAGAAUGAGCUAUCCAAACCAUUUGAUGAAGCAACUAUGUUCUUGACCAACAUUGAAUUGGAGCUAAGCAAUUUGUGUAAAGGAUCGUUUACCAUGAUGUCGGAUUCUCGCUCCGCCAUGAAUGAUGAAGUAUCCGGGACUCCAGAGGAAGAACCAAGCAGCUACGAGGAGGUGGAAAUGCCGAGGAAUCACGAGCCGUUCUGCAUACGAAAAACAAACCAAGACCUCAAAGAAAUGCUGCUGAAGAAAUACAGUGGCUAUCUCAGCAGUUUGAAAAAGGAAUUCUUGAAGAAAAGAAAGAAAGAAAAGCUACCAAAAGAUGCAAGAAUGGCUUUACUUGACUGGUGGAAUACUCAUUACAAAUGGCCUUAUCCUACAGAAGAGGAAAAAUCAAAACUAUCUGUUACUACUGGUCUAGACCAAAAGCAAAUUAAUAACUGGUUCAUAAACCAGAGAAAGCGACAUUGGAAGCCACCCGAAGACAUGCGAUUUGUGCUCAUGGACGGAGUCGGGGCCGGGGAAUGCAUGAAAGGAUCAAAUUUUUAUGACAAUGGAGAAACUGGAAGCCAUGUAAUUUGACAUAUUGAUUUAGGUUCUUGUCUAGUUUCACAAAUUUUAGCUGCUUUUGAGUUUCUUUGUGUACAUUUUCUCUUCUUCCUUUUUUCCCCCCUUCUUUGGUUAGACUUGGAAUCGCUUUUUAAGUUAGACAGAAACACAUGAGUAUAUAGAUAUUACUUUUGUUCAUGUGCAAUGACAAAAGAUUAUCAUCAAAUUUGAGGAAUAUUUGUAUAACGAGGUACUAUCAAUUUUUCAAACGUAAAAAGUACUUUUUCUGAAAA